AUGGCAAGACCAUGGCAUUGGUGUGGCCAUGUCAAGGCAGCAGAAUCUGCGGCAAAGCUAAGUCAGGGGCUGGUUGAGCUAAGGCAUGGGCAAGACAAGCAGAUAAGGCUAAGGCAUGGCGUGGCACGGCAAGGCCGUGGGUGCAAGCAAGGCAAUGUCAUGGACAAGUUGGGGGCAUGGCAAAGGCACACAUGUGCACUAGGCAUGUCGUGCAUGGAAAAUGGCGGGAAGGGCGAGCAGGCACCAAGGAUUGGUGCUAAAGCUGGGUGUUGGCGCCAAAACUCAGCAGGGGCUCGCGCAUAUGCAUGGCACACGCGAGCAGUUGAGCGGAUUCCUUUAUUUUCAGUCGCAAUAGUCAUGCUGGCUGGGCAGUUUCCUUUGAAUUCAACUUGCAAUGCUAAUCCUAUGCAGUUGGGGAUGUCAACUGCUUUUCCUAGGAUAAGGGCUAAGUGGGCCAAGUGGUCCUAUCAUUACGAAGUCCAAAAAGACGCUAAAGCAGAGAGCUACGACCACAAGGAGGCGCUGACCGGCCUUGAUUUCAGGCUCACAGAGGCGCUGGCCAGUUUGCAAGCUAAGGUAGAGACCUUGGAGACGCAACUGGAAGCGGCCAGGCUCAGAAACGGUGCUGGUCCAGUCAAUAUUCGAGAAACCCGCAUAGAAGUUCCUAAACCCAAAAAUUUCAAGGGUGAAAGGAACGCCCAAGAUGUGGAAGAGUUCAUUUGGCAAAUGGACGCGUACUUCGAGCACGUCAACAUUAACGAAGAAGUUGCUCGCAUUCGGACAGCAGCCAUGUACUUGAGCGAUACCGCCUUAUUGUGGUGGCGGAGAAAGAAAGCGGAGAUGGAGAUAGGAGCAUGUUCCAUUGAGAAUUGGGAACAGUUCAAGAAGGAGUUAAAACGACAGUUUUACCCCCAAAACGUUGUGCACGAGGCCCGUCGAAAGUUGAGGGAGCUCAAGCAAACAUCCACCAUCCGCGAUCUUGACAAUGCCAUUGUGGUGGCGGAGUCCUUAACCGAUCUUCGCACCGACAAUACCAAAGCGAAAGAUAACCGAGGGAAGCAAGCUGCUGCCAAGGGUGAUCAAGGCAACGAGGACAAAGAUAAAUCUGUCUCCAACAAGGGUCUUGAGUCCAGGGGAGAUCGAGAUCGCAACCGGGGUUCCAACUCCAAGUUUCGCAAAAGCUACGAAGAGAGGAAGCAGAAUUCCACCUCAAACGACGGUUGUUACCUGUGUGGACAAUCAGGUCAUCUCUACAGAAAUUGUCCUUCGUUGAGCAAGCUAGGCGCAAUACUUGCUGCCAACAAGCAAGCAGGUGCGCAAACCGAAGGUCAGACCGGUGAACCAGGCCCGAAGGCGGAGGCUACAGAGCAAGCAAAGCCUAAAGUUGCAGGCUUGUUCAAUCAUAUGACGCUUGCUGCCAUCACAGCUAAGCCACCUCAAAUCAGAUCGAGAGAGUCACUGUUCGUAGAGGCGACCCUAAAAGGCAAACCAGUCCGCAUCAUGGUGGACACAGGUGCGACGCACAACUUCAUUAUAGAAGAAAAGGCAAAGGAGCUGAGCCUUUCCUACGUUUCCAGUGACUCGCUGUUGAAGACAGUCAACUGCCUCCCCACUGACGUAAAUGGAUUUGCCCCUAAAGUCCAUCUCGUCUUAGGUAAUUGGCAAGGGUUCACCGAUUUCACUGUUUCCCCCAUGGACGUCUUUGACAUCGUAUUGGGUCUGGAUUUCUGGUACGAGAUCAACGCGUUUAUUUCGCCGCGUCUCAACCAAUUGUUGAUUAGAGAUCCAAGCUGUUCUUGCGACGUGCCGUUGAUUCGUGUACAUCAAUCGGGCGUGCGCUUGUCCGCGAUGCAGUUGAUAAAAGGGUUCAAGAAAGGGGAACCAACCUUUCUCGCAACUCUUGUAGCAGUUGCGGAUGAAAAUAGUGCCAAAGAGGGGGAAGCAUUACCCCCAUGUGUGCAGCGAGUCCUUGAGGAGAACAAGGACGUAAUGCCCAACGAGCUGCCCAAGCAGUUACCUCCACGAAAGGAGGUUGACCAUCAGAUCGAGCUGGUACCAGGAGCCAAGCCACCCGCCAUGACUCCUUAUCGCAUGGCACCACCAGAGCUUGAAGAGCUAAGGAAGCAACUCAAGGAGUUGCUUGAAUCUGGGCAUAUUCGCCCAUCGAAGGCACCAUUUGGAGCACCUGUUUUGUUCCAAAAGAAGAAGGAGGGAACGCUGAGGCUUUGCAUUGACUAUCGUGCCCAUAACAAGGUCACGGUGAAAAACAAGUACCCAAUUCCCUUAAUUGUCGAUUUAUUUGAUCGCUUGGGACAAGCCAAGGUAUUCACCAAGAUGGAUCUGCAGAAAGGAUAUUAUCAAGUACGCAUUGCAGAGGGCGACGAGUCGAAGACUACUUGUGUGACUCGUUAUGGAGCGUUUGAGUGGCUAGUCAUGCCAUUCGGUCUAACCAAUGCACCUGCUACCUUCUGCACACUGAUGAACAAACUCUUCCACCCAUUUUUGGACCAGUUUGUUGUGAUCUACCUCGAUGACAUCGUAGUAUACAGCAACAGCUUGGAAGAGCACCUGAAACAUCUCCGCACAGUCUUCCAAGUGUUGAGGGAGAAUGACCUGUGCGUCAAGCAGGAGAAAUGCACUUUUGCCCAGCCACAAGUGCAGUUCCUUGGCCAUACCAUCAGCCAAGGAGAAAUCAGAAUGGACAGCGACAAAGUUAGCGCUAUUCAAGAUUGGAAGACCCCGACCACAGUAACUGAACUUCGGUCCUUUCUUGUCCUUGCCAACUACUACAGGCGGUUUAUCCUUGGAUACUCGGCCAUUGCAGCACCACUGACCGACAUGCUGAAGAAAGGUCGCGAGUGGAAAUGGACACCUUUGUGUCAAGAGGCGUUUGAGGGCCUCAAGGGAGCAAUUGUGAAGGAGCCUAUCUUAGCUCUACCUGACUUCACCAAGGUAUUUGAAGUCCAUACUGAUGCCUCAGAUUUUGCUAUUGGUGGCGUUCUCAUGCAAGAAGGCCACCCUAUAGCCUUUGAAAGCCGAAAGUUGAACGAUGCGGAGCGGAGAUAUACUGUCCAAGAGAAGGAGGUGACGGCCGUAGUCCACUGUCUAAGGACCUGGCGUCAUUACUUGCUGGGGGCACAUUUCAUUGUCAAAACAGAUAAUGUGGCGACAAGUUAUUUCCAGUCUCAGAAGAAGUUGUCACCUAAACAAGCUCGGUGGCAAGACUUUCUGGCAGAAUUCGACUACACCUUGUAA